GAUCAUGUCUUUGCUAACGAAAAUGACAACAGCGAUGUUUAUCAAAAAGUCGCUAGUCCAAUUGUUACAGCAGCCAUGGAAGGAUUCAAUGGUACCAUCUUCGCUUAUGGCCAGACGUCAUCUGGUAAAACCCAUACGAUGAUGGGCAACCAUAAUGAUCCCGGUGUUAUUCCAUUAGCUGUUAACGAAAUAUUUCGUUACAUCAAUCAGAAACCAAAUCGGGAAUUUCUACUAAGAGUUUCCUACAUGGAAAUUUAUAACGAGGUUAUUACUGAUUUACUAAAUCCGUCCAAUACUAACCUGAAAAUUCAUGAGAAUCAAAAGAAAGAGGUCUAUGUUGGAAGCUUAACGGAGAAUAUCGUCAAUUCACCGAGUCAAAUUCUAACUAUUAUGACUCAAGGAGAAACUCAUCGUCAUACCGGUGGAACAAAUAUGAAUGAAAGAAGUAGUCGAUCACAUACUAUAUUUAGAAUGAUUAUCGAAAGUCGCGAACAAAACCAAGAUCAGAAUGAAGCUGAUCAAGACACUGCUGUUAAAGUUUCAGCACUGAAUCUGGUAGACUUAGCUGGAUCAGAGCGCGUAUCUCAAACUGGUUCAGAGGGAAUAAGAUUAAAAGAAGGUGGCUUUAUUAAUAAGAGCUUAUUAACAUUGGGAAGUGUUAUCGCAAAACUUAGUGAAGGCGAAGGAAAUUUUAUCCCAUUCAGAGAUUCUAAAUUGACGAGAAUACUUCAAUCAUCUCUUGGCGGCAAUGCUUUAACUGCAAUAAUAUGUACGGUAACGCCAGUAUCAUUAGAUGAAACGUCGAGUACCUUGAAAUUUGCUAGUCGAGCUAAGAAAAUCAAGAAUAAACCAGAAGUAAAUGAAGUUGUCGAUGAUGAA